UUUUGCUUAUUAAAAUUGUUUAUUUCCACUCCUUUCUCCACUACAAAAACCUCAAAAAAGGUGCUUCAUUUCUUCUGUUUUCUCAAGCUAGCAUUCACCUUCUCAAUCUUCUCCCUCUCUGGGGAUUUUCUCAGCUGGGUUUUAACUGUGAAGAAGAAGAUUAAUAUACUACCAAGCUUCUAUCAAGAGUUUUAAUUAGUUACAAUGGGUUUACUUCUUCUUUUACUCUUUGCAGUAUUAUCAUCAUCAGUUGUUACUGCUGAUGAAGGUGCCUUCAUUGGGGUGAACAUUGGAACAGCUCUAUCAGACAUGCCAAAUCCAACUCAGGUGGUUCAGCUACUCAAAGCUCAGCAGAUCCGACACGUCCGAUUAUAUGACGCUGACAGGGCAAUGCUGCUUGCACUCGCGAAGACUGGAAUACGGGUCACAGUUUCUGUCCCCAAUAACGAACUUCUUGGUGUUGGCCAAUCAAAUGCUACAGCAGCGAAUUGGGUUGCUCGUAAUGUGGUGGCUCACUAUCCUGCGACCAACAUCACAGCCAUAGCUGUUGGGUCUGAAAUCCUAACAGUACUCCCAAAUGCUGCACCAGUCCUUGUCAGUGCUAUGACAUACCUACACUCUGCCUUACUUGCAUCGAACCUCGACAAGCAAAUUAAAGUUUCCACACCACUCUCUUCUUCAAUUAUCCUUGACUCAUUUCCACCAUCCCAAGCCUUCUUUAACCGUUCUUGGGAUCCAGUUUUAGUUCCAAUGCUCAAAUUCUUACAGCAAACAGGAUCCUACCUUAUGCUCAAUGUGUACCCAUACUACGACUACAUGCAAUCAAAUAACGUCAUUCCCUUGGAUUAUGCACUUUUCCGUCCCUUGCCCCCAAACAAAGAAGCUGUGGAUUCCAAUACUCUUCUCCAUUACACAAAUGUGUUUGACGCUGUGAUUGAUGCAGCUUAUUUCGCAAUGGCUUACCUGAACAUCACUAAUGUUCCUAUUGUAGUAACAGAAUCAGGCUGGCCAUCAAAAGGUGAUGCAUCUGAGCCAGGCGCAACUAUUGAUAAUGCAAAUACGUACAACAGCAACUUGAUCCGACAUGUUCUGAACAAUACUGGGACUCCAAAGCACCCAGGAGUGGCGGUUAGUACUUACUUGUACGAGCUUUACAACGAAGACUUGAGACCAGGGUCAGUUUCUGAGAAGAACUGGGGGCUGUUCGAUGCAAAUGGUGUGCCAAUAUACAUCAUGCGUUUAACAGGUUCUGGAUCUGUAUUGGCGAAUGACACGACAAAUCAGACGUACUGUGUUGCACGAGAUGGUGCUGAUCAGAAAAUGUUGCAGGCAGCUCUGGACUGGGCUUGUGGUCAAGGAAAAGUAGAUUGUUCAGCUAUGCUACAGGGGCAGCCAUGUUAUGAGCCAGACACCGUUGCUGCACAUGCUACUUAUGCAUUUGAUACGUAUUAUCAUGAGAAUGGAAUGGGUCCUGGAACUUGUGACUUCAACGGAGUUGCUUCCAUUACCACCACUAACCCCAGUCAUGGUACUUGUCUGUAUGCUGGAAGUAAGAACGGCACAUUCAUAAAUGGGACAACAGUUCAAUCGACUAACUCUACUUCCGGGUCCAGUCUUGGAGUGAAUGGUGGUGUUUUUUCAAGCUCACUUAUCAGUGGGGCAUUAGUUCUACUUGUUAGUUUGAUUUUCUUGUAGGAUAUUGUAAGUUCCUAUCUUUCUUGCAUUUAACUUUUCCCUGAACUGAAUUCCUUCGCAAAAACACUCUUGGAGGAUAUGGGUAGUAGAAAUGAUGUGGGAGUCACUAUUUUGUUCCCUUGUUGAAGAACUGCGGCAUACCCAAAUUUUGUUCCCUUCGAGACAAGCGGAGGAAAGAAGCUGAGGAGGGUUAUGGGAUGUAGAAUUUUUGUACAAACCAUUGAAGAAAGGAAAGAAUUUAUCCAUCUUGGAUUUAAGCUUUAUGCUUACACUAAUUAUUCAUUGAAUUAGAUUUCUCUUAUAUUUCUUUUUCCA